AUGAUACCCUGGACCCCCUGGGAAUUUCUUGAUAUCUACAAGGAAACGGAACAAGUUUUUGAUGAUGUCAAGCCUGACCUGACAAUCGUGGAGCCACUGUUUACCCAAGGCUUGAUGUUUUGUCACCACCGAGGUGCCAAGUGGAUGGUCCUUUCGCCGAAUACGAUUAAAGAAUUCGCUGUUCCGGUUCAGCCAAACCUAGCUGCUCUGUGGAAGUACCCGAUGCAAGUGGCUCCUCCAACUACAGAUGAAAACACUUUGACUGACCCCAGUAGUGCUUGCUCAGCCUUGCUCUAUUCUAUACCAUGGAGUCUCAUCCCAUGGAAUAUUUGCUUUGGCUUUGUGGCUGGCUACACUCUUCUCACCGAUACCCGACUGAAAGAAACGACAGAGAUUCUUAGGCGAGAGACAGACCCUUCGAUAUCGCUCAUGACGACGAUGGAACUCGGUGUUCUGAAGCCAGCACCGCCAAACCUACCAAUCCUUUAUCCCACAGAAGCUCAUGAAAUGUCUAAAGCCUUGAGAAAGGUUCUCGAAUACGCUAAUACACUGCAUUCUGCGGGGAAGCCUGUUCAGAUUCUGUGGAAGCUGGGACGCGUACCUGAUGAAGAAGGCAAUGCUCCAAAGAGAGACUGUUAUACCGGCGAAUGGGCUCUGAACAUCAUUUGUUCUCUGAGUCACGGGGGAGCCAACUCCUUCUACGAAGCGCUAUGUUCUGGCAUACCUCAGGCGCUUCUACCUGCUUGGACAGAUUGCUACGAUUUCGCGAACCGUGUUGAGCUACUUGGUAUUGGGCUUUGGGCGAAUAAGGAAGCAAAGCCUCGAUGGAAAGAUGAUGAGCUCGCUAACGCGUUGUUGGAGAUUCUGUUUGGACCGGAGUCCGCGGGAAUGCGGGUGAGGGCAGCGGAGGUUGCGAGUCGUCACCCGGAGUGGAAGGGUCGGCAAAUGGCUUCUCAAGAGAUUCUUAAGAUUGAAGGAUCAGCAACCUCGGCACGUUUGAGUGAGGAGAAAAGACUAGGGAAGAUCGGAAGCGCGUCACACUCACCUCAACUUAAUUUCAACACGUCCCAAAUUCAUCAAAAUCACCAGGAAAUUCAUCACCUCAACAUGGCAGAUGAGGUCGAACCCAAGAGGCUGAGCCAACCAUUCUCAAUCCCAGACCCAACCAGCUUCUCCAACUUCCAGCGCGACAUCUACCAAUCCUUCCGCCCACCGCUCUUCUCAACUAACCCCACAGAAUGGGAAUCCCUAGCCAAGGAAAAGAUCCCCGCCACCAAUUUCGGCUACGUCUAUGGUUCAGCCAGCAGCGCUGCUACCGCCAAAGCCAACAGUGAGGCCUUCGGUCGGUAUCGUCUUAAGCCGCGCUUUCUCGUUGACGUCACCACGCGUGAUGUUGACGUUGAGCUUUUUGGUACAAAGUACAAGAGUCCGCUGCUUGUAGCGCCUAUCGGUGUACAGAGCAUCUUGCAUCCUGAUGCGGAGGAAGCUACGGCGAGGGCGUGCCAUAAUGUCGGCAUGCCGAUGAUUUUGUCGACUGCUGCGACGCGCACGAUUGAAGAAGUUGCUGCGGCGAAUGCAGAUGGUGAUCGAUGGUAUCAGCUCUACUGGCCAAAGCCGCAGUUUGAGGAAGUCACAGCUAGUCUUCUCGCACGCGCAAAAGCUUCAGGCUACAAGGUCCUUGUCGUCACGCUCGAUACCUUCUCGCUUGGCUGGAGACCUACAGACCUCGACACGUCGUAUUUGCCGUUUAUCUGGGGCCAGGGCUGUCAGAUUGGCUUUUCGGAUCCUGUUUUUAAUAAGUUGUUUGAUGAGAUGCAGAAGAAUGACUCGAGGGGUAUUGCGGAGAAGCUUUCUGAGCUUUGGACGAUUAUGAGACGGCCUGGAACUGUCUAUGGUGCUGCUAGGGUUCUGGCUAAUGCAAAGACUUUGAUCAAGUCGAAAGCCUGGAUCGACGUGAUCAACUCCGGUACAUACCGUUCGUGGAACGACCUCAAGAUCCUGAAAGAUCUCUGGGACGGACCAAUCGUUCUCAAAGGAAUACAGACCGUCGAGGACGCCCAUCUCGCCAUUGAGCACGGCAUCGACGGCAUAAUCGUUUCCAACCAUGGCGGCCGUCAACUCGACGGCGCUAUAGCCUCACUAGAUGCACUGUCGGAUAUCGCAGCUGACAAGAAGGUCAAAGACUCAAACCUCACGAUCAUGUUUGACAGCGGUGCUCGAACAGGUUCAGAUGUGCUGAAGGCAUUGGCCCUUGGGGCAAAGGCCGUUUGUAUCGGAAGACCCUAUGCGUAUGGCCUUGCGGCGGGUGGACAGGAGGGCGUUGAGCAUGUUUUGAAGUGUUUGUUGGCGGACAUGGAUAAUAUGCUUGCGAAUGCUGGGAAGAAGAGCGUGAGGGAUUUGAGUAGGGAUGAUCUUCAGAUUUUGCCGCUGUCCAAGAUUUGA